AUGCGCCCAAGGCCUGCGUCUUCCAUGCAGAAGACGUAUGACGAGUGUUACCUCGCAUGCUCGACCGCGGUAUACUUUGAGGGCCAGAACAAUGAAGAAGAAGCACUACGGUCCUGGCGAUCCGCUCUCGAGACUAUUUACCAUCACAAUGCCCGCCGCGUACCGUCGAAUUACACCCCGAAAUCCGAAACCGAGAAAGCCCUGCAGGAUUCCAUCCGAGCGCUAGAGAUCCAAUGCCGAGAAAGGGUCGAUCUGCUAGGUGCCCUCCGAGCGAGCAGGAAGGAAUCGUCAGAGGCGAACGGUAGUAAAGAGCCUGCGACUCUUGUCAAGGGCAAAUCUGUCCCUAGCGUGCCGCCACCGUCUUCCAACCCUCCCGGCUGGAUCGGAGAUGGAACUAUCCCUGCUGUGGGCUACACCGACCUUUCCAAACCCGCCGCCAUACCCGGUCGCCCGGCGCUGCCAAAGAGGACGAGCUAUGAAUCGCAUCAUGUCUACGACGAUGCUGGUCCGGCACUGGCGUCGACUGCUACGCCGGCGCUACGAGUGAAUUCGAAUUCUUCGGGCAAGACGAAGUCGCGCGGAUCCAGUCCUGAGCGCCGGAAACCGAUGUUGACGACUCUGCGCAGCACUGAUGGAAAGAAAAAUGGAAAGAAAGAUGGCAAAAAAGUGAAGGUUGCUUCGAAGAAGAAGGACUUGCGGCCUGCUGCUUCCACGGCUGCCGGUCUGGCAUGGGGUAAUAUCUAUCGCUCUCCGUCGGGAUCGGGGGAGAAGCCUGUGAGCGGUGCAGCUGCAGCUUCUAGGCAAAGCGCCGCCAACGAUGCUCUCCGGCGAGACUUGGAUCCAAAAUCGAGUUCUGGGGAUGAGCCUCCGGCGAGGGUUCGCACUUCCCGAAACUUAACCGAAGACCGAAUCCCUGCUGCCCACUGGCGGGAGCCUCAUCGUUCGUCGCCGAAGCGGUCUUCACCUAAGUCGCCUUCUCAACCUCCUCCGCGCCGUCCUCAGCCUUCAUCUGAACGCCAAAAAGUACCUCCUUCUCCCAUAUCUAUGCCGGAUCCGGAUGACUUCGGGGGUCCACCUAAACCAUCUAUCAAACCUAAACCCGUGGCUUUGCGGUCGUCUCAGCCGUCGAGCCGCCCGGUCCAGACUACUAGAUCUGAGCAGAACUCCCGGACGGUGACACCCCGGCUGGACCGUGAAGCAAAUUCGAGCGAUAAGCAGCGAACGAAGUCUGCGCCUAGAACUCCUGCCAUGGCUUCAACAACCCGUGCCUCUCCAUCAUCUGGUAGUGGCGAUGACCUCCAUCGCGGUAUCAAUCGGAUGGCUGUCUCACCAAGGAACGGCGACAGUGCAACACGGCGGAAACCCCCACCGGUCAAAAGGAGGGAGACACCACCUUCAAGUGACCCGGAGUUUUCAGAAAAAUCAAGUGAGAACGAGGCCGAAGAUGAAGACGAAGGAGAGAAUGACGAUCUGGCCAAGAUUAUGAAUAAGCUACCCAAGGGCGUGGAUCCGCAAUCAGCGAAGCAGAUCCUAAACGACAUCGUGGUGCGCGGCGACGAAGUGCACUGGGACGAUAUAGCUGGAUUAGAAGGCGCCAAAAAUUCCCUCAAAGAAGCAGUGGUCUAUCCAUUCCUUCGACCAGAUCUCUUCUCCGGUCUCCGAGAACCAGCUCGUGGAAUGCUCCUGUUUGGACCCCCGGGUACAGGCAAAACCAUGCUCGCACGUGCAGUAGCCACAGAAUCAAAAUCAACAUUCUUCUCCGUCUCUGCAUCAAGCCUGACAUCGAAAUGGCACGGUGAAAGCGAGAAGCUCGUGCGCGCUUUGUUCGGUCUCGCCAAAGCCCUCGCUCCAUCCAUCAUCUUCGUCGACGAGAUCGACUCUCUUCUCUCUGCCCGAUCAUCCGGCUCCGAGCACGAGGCAUCUCGUCGCUCCAAGACUGAAUUCCUCGUUCAAUGGUCUGAUCUUCAGCGUGCGGCUGCGGGUCGCGAACAGACUAGUCGUGAGAAGAAGGAAGGCGACGCUAGUCGGGUCCUCGUCCUAGCUGCUACCAAUAUGCCUUGGGAUAUUGACGAGGCUGCUCGUCGCCGAUUCGUUCGUCGGCAGUAUAUUCCUCUGCCGGAGCAUCAUGUCCGUGAGCAGCAGCUUCGCAAGCUACUAAGUCAUCAGCAUCAUGGGCUUGGUGAUGAAGAUAUCCAGGUUCUGGUUCAUGUAACAGAAGGUUUCUCCGGCUCAGACAUAACAGCCCUCGCAAAAGACGCCGCCAUGGGCCCCCUACGUAAUCUAGGCGAAGCCCUCCUCCACACCCCAAUGGAUCAAAUCCGAGCAAUCAUCUUCCAGGACUUCGAGGCUAGUCUUUAUUCUAUCCGGCCUAGUGUCUCCCCUGACGGGUUACGGAGGUAUGAAGAGUGGGCUAAGGAGUUCGGUGAGCGAGGUGGUUAG